AAACUUCACCGAAAGGAAAACAAAUUUGCAGACCAAACUCUGCUCUCUCUCUCUCUCUCUCUCUAGGGCCCUUCGCUCUUUACUCUGUUCCAUAAUCGUUACCCAAUUUCAACUCUAUCUCUGCAAACUGAUCGAAGAUCGAUUUUUUGUUGGCAGUAUUCCAAGUCACUUAAUUUUCAUGGAGGUUCCAGGAAUGGAAGAGACCAACAAAUCUGAGGCCCACUUGACAUCAGCAGCAGCUUUUGUGGAGGGUGGAAUCCAGGAAGCCUGUGAUGAUGCUUGCAGUAUAUGCCUUGAGGCCUUCUGUGACAGUGAUCCUUCUACGCUGACCGGUUGCAAGCAUGAAUUUCAUCUUCAAUGCAUUCUUGAGUGGUGUCAGAGAAGCUCCCAAUGCCCUAUGUGCUGGCAACCCAUCAGCUUGAAGGAUCCCACCAGCCAGGAACUUCUAGAGGGAGUAGAACGGGAGAGAAGUAAUAGGUCUAAUCCACCUCGAAAUACCACAAUAUUUCAUCAUCCAACUCUUGGAGAUUUUGAAUUGCAACAUUUACCUGUGGGUGUAAAUGAUGCUGAACUUGAAGAACGUAUAAUCCAGCACUUAGCUGCGGCUGCUGCAAUGGGUCGGGCACGCCACAUUGCCAGAAGGGAGGGCCAAAGGAAUAGGUCAUCAACUCAAGGGCGCCCACAGUUCCUGGUCUUCUCCACCCAUCCUAAUGCGCAUCCUGCUGCUUCUUCCUCCCCUGAUCAGAUGGGAGAAGGUGAACCAGCUCCUUCAAUUUCAGUACCUUUUCCUUCGCCGCCUCUGAAUACGGGAGAAGAAUCUUCUCAAGUGACCACUCCAGUACCUUCUUCUCAAUCUGGUCCUGUUUCUGCCUUGGCGUCUGGAACUAGUGUUCCGGCUCCCAAUCAACAUGGAUCUUCCAUUAGCAAUAGUGGGUCGCCUAGUCAGUCAUCCCCGAGUACCCAAGAUAGAGCUGGGCCAUCAGACUUGCAAUCAUUUUCAGAAUCUCUGAAGACUCGAUUUAAUGCAGUGUCAACGAGAUACAAAGAGUCAAUUUCAAAGAGCACAAGAGGUUGGAAGGAGAGAUUGUUCUCUCGUAACGCUGCCAUGGCAGAUCUUGGUUCUGAAGUUAAAAGAGAAGUUAAUGCCAGCUUUGCAACUGUAUCACGCAUGAUGGAGCGUCUGGAAACGAGAGACAAUAGCAGAAUUAAUGAUCCUUGUGUGUCAAAUAGUUUAAAUAGUUCGAUUCCUCAAUCAGACAAUCAGCAGACAUCAGAAAAUGGUGGUGAAAAUUCUUUAAACGACCACAAUAAACCAGCUGUGUGCGCUGCAGGUUCUAGCUCAAAUUAGGCAUUAUACAACAACUGCAUCACCUGAAAGCAUUUCCUUUUAUACAGUAAGUUAUGUGUUGUAUUGUUUAUGCAUUCAAGAACCCGAUAUGUGAAUUUUGUAUGUUCCUUUUCUCUCAAUCCACUUGGAUACCUUUUUUGUUUACAUUCUAGUUUUUCCUUGUAAUACUUGCAUUUCUUAUAUAUAUAUGUUUUAUUUUAUUUUA